CUCAGAGCGGCGCUGCGGCCGCGGCGCAAAGUUAGCCCGGCGCCCCGGGACGAGCCCCACAGCCGCGGCCGGCCCCGGAGCCGCCUCGGCAUGGGCGAGCACCCCAGCCCGGGCCCCGCAGUGGCCGCCUGCGCUGAGGCGGACCGCAUCGAGGAGCUGGAACCCGAGGCCGAGGAGCGGCCGCCGGCGGCGCCGGAGGACCACUGGAAAGUCCUGUUUGAUCAGUUUGACCCUGGGAACACGGGCUACAUCAGCACAGGCAAGUUCCGGAGCCUCCUGGAGAGCCACAGCUCCAAGCUGGACCCGCACAAGAGGGAGGUGCUCCUGGCCCUCGCCGACAGCCAUGCCAAUGGGCGGAUCUGCUACCAGGAUUUUGUCAACCUGAUGAGCAACAAGCGGUCCAACAGCUUCCGCCAGGCCAUCCUGCAGGGGAACCGCCGGCUCUGUAGCAAGGCCCUGCUGGAGGAGAAGGGGCUGAACCUCUCCCAGCGACUGAUCCGCCACGUGGCCUACGAGACCCUGCCCCGGGAGAUUGACCGGAAGUGGUACUACGACAGCUACACCUGCUGCCCCCCGCCCUGGUUCAUGAUCACAGUCACACUGCUGGAGGUUGCCUUUUUCCUCUAUAACGGGGUGUCGCUGAACCAGUUUGUGCUGCAGGUGACCCAUCCACGAUACCUGAAGAACUCCCUGGUUUACCAUCCACAGCUCCGAGCACAAGCUUGGCGUUUCCUGACAUACAUCUUCAUGCACGCAGGGAUAGAGCACCUGGGACUAAACGUGGUGCUGCAGCUCCUGGUGGGGGUGCCCCUGGAGAUGGUGCACGGAGCAACCCGCAUUGGGCUCGUCUACCUGGCUGGCGUCGUGGCAGGGUCCUUGGCGGUGUCUGUGGCCGACAUGACCGCGCCGGUCGUGGGCUCCUCCGGAGGGGUGUACGCGCUCGUCUCUGCCCAUCUGGCCAACAUCGUGAUGAACUGGUCAGGCAUGAAGUGUCAAUUCAAGCUGCUGCGGAUGGCUGUGGCCUUGAUCUGUAUGAGCAUGGAGUUUGGGCGGGCCGUGUGGCUGCGCUUCCACCCAUCAGCCUACCCCCCCUGCCCUCACCCGAGCUUCGUGGCACACCUGGGCGGCGUGGCCGUGGGCAUCACCCUGGGCGUGGUGGUCCUGAGGAACUACGAGCAGAGGCUGCAAGACCAGUCGCUGUGGUGGAUUUUCGUGGCCAUGUACACCGUCUUUGUGCUGUUCGCUGUCUUCUGGAACAUCUUUGCCUACACCCUGCUGGACCUAAAGCUGCCACCACCCCCCUAAGGCCCUGAAGGACCCUGGUCAGGGCAGAGAGGGAGCAGCAGCAUCAGCAAGGAGCAGCUGUGUUCUUUUCUCAUCACCAGCUCAGUGAGGCCGCGGAGGAGGAGACGAGAGACGCUGGGCCACUGUGAUAUUUGUGUUCAGGUUUGAGCAGAGACAGUGGAGGCAUUUUCCUAAAAGGCACCUGUCGGGGGAGGUGGAUGUGGCUUCCAUAGUCUUUCUAGACUAUUCCGAAGAUGUCAGACCAGGGCAAAGGCCUGGGGUGAGGUGAGAGUGGCUGGGCGUGUCCUGUGUGUUCAGGGGGCCCCCCUUGUCACCAGUUGGGCAGCACCCUCUGCCCUCAUCUGCCGCCCUGAGAAACCUGAGUGUAGGAGCCAGGCAGGCCCUUGUCCAGCCCUGAGAUCCCUUCGGGCCGGGAAACGUCCCCUGUGGAGCCCUGGAGGGGGAGGGGGUCUGGUGAUGGAGGAUGUGACUUGGGCCUAGGCGGUCCAGGGGGCCCUCCCACGCAGGUUGGUGGGCAUGGGGAUGUGGCCUUUUUUGCCUGGGGUGGGCAGAGGAGGGAGAUUCUGGGGCUGCUCAGAGAGCGGAGGGAAUGAGCUUCAUCCCACAUUCCCCCCUGGAAUGGGGAAGGGCAUCAACUUUGGACUUCUCCCCGAGGCUGACAUCUCCCACCAGUGCGCCAGCAUCCAUGCCCUGAUGAGCUGGGUCUUUUCCUUCCCUUCCACUGCCCUGACCCCACCAUGUGCCUAGCCUGUGCUCACAGAGACGGUGCUCUGACGCGCGCAUGCUUGUGUGUGAUUUGGCGGGUGAUUGCGUGUGUGAUGGGAGAGGCUGCGGAGGAAGCUGCGACGGGCAGUGGGGGUGGGGGCGUCUGCGUGGGAGGAAGGAGGGUGCUGAGAGGGGCAGGGUGUGCUUCCUGCGGAUCCUUGCCGUUAGCGAAGCUUGCCCCCUUCUUUCCCAUCCCUGUCGUCCCUCCCGGCGCCUCCCUAGAAUCACCAUCCUGGGGGGACCUGGAGGUGGAGGGGGACCUUGGGCCCUUCCAGGAGCUUCAGGAUGCUGAGGUUUUCUUCGCCCUUGCCGCGUUCUGCUCUGAUUCCCAUCUAGAAUAGCCUUCCUAUCAGAAAAGGUUCUGUUCUGUCUCCCUUAGGAGGAAGGAGCCUUGGGGGUGCAGGAGAGGCAGGGGCAGGAAUGUUGAGGCCAAAGCUCUUUUUGAGUUGGGGCACAGGAGGCUGUGGUAAAAGGAUCCCCGUUCAGACGGGAAACUGCUUCUGGAGAAGAAUUGCUGGGCGCUUGGGUGAGUGUUAGAGGUGAGGGCGGCCCAGGGACUCAGAUGCUCAGAGCCAGGAGGGAGAUGGAGAUGGUCAAAUCCAUCCCCACCCAUCACCCAAGUGGCAAAAUGAGGCUGAGGGGUGACCCCCUGCAGGAGCUGGUGCAGACCCCACCUGGAGGGUUGGGGGUGGCCUUUGAUAAACCAUCCCGUUCCCUUUAUACGGCUCCAGGAUCUCCUAACCACGGACAGCCCAGGAGGCUGGGUUUGCGCAGGAACGGGGCAGCUGCAUGCCCUUACAUGAAGCAAGGUCCAGGGUCAGCCAGACCAGGCAUUCGGGGGUCUUAGGCCACUGUGGCUUCCUGUCCCCAGUGAUCACCUGUGAUGGGCAGCAUCUUCCUACCCCAGCUCAGCCUCAGGCUAUGCCAAGCCCUUCAUGGCUUUGCCCAGCAAUGAAUAGAUUGUCCUGGGCCCCACAUAAGGCUCUGAGGUCACGCUGCACUUGAGCCCACGUUGUGCUGAGCGCUGCCUGCCCCCGGGACUGGGCCGAGGUCUUUGGCUGAGCUGCCCCAGUCUGUGCCCUACCAGUCACCCUCUGCCUGCUGAGAGACAGGGGCAGCUGGAAGAGUUAGCUUCUUAGGAGACUCUGAGCGAUAACGGGGGCCCAAAAGACUUGGGUGAGGAUGGAGAAGGGGGUCUCGCCAUGGACUGCAACCUCUGCUAACCCUGAGUGGUGCUGUCCCUUCCCGGUGGGACAGAGGUGGCAGGUGCCCUGCUGGGAGGCAGGGCUUCCCCUCCAGAUCCCUCUCCUGGCCUGAGAGUUCUGGAUGUGGGUGGAGGGAGCAGAGAGCCACCUCUGCUUUCACCCAGGCGGCCUUCCCCUCUCAGGGGCGAGAAGACUGGGAACCAGAAGAUUCUAGAAAGCCCUUGGAGAAGCACCCAGUUCCCUCAGGGCUUCAGCUGGAAGCCUGUGACCGGGAAGGACUUCCUGAGGCCGAGGUCCUGUCUCCCAUCCUAUGAAGUCUGCCUUGUGAGGUCUGGGACACGCUGAGGGAGCCUCCUCUACAUCUGAGGCCACCAGCCCCUGCUGCUCCCUGUCCAAGAGCAGCCCCCAAGUUCCUUGUUGCGCUUGACGCCCCUCCACCUCUCCCGGCCAUCGCUUCCUGCGCAGGACUGCGCAGUGGUGACAGUAGUCAUUUCCCAUGACGCAGGUGUCCCACACAGGACUGGGAGCCAGCUGUCUGCUAAGAAAGGCUUACUUUUGGGGGUCUGGCUUUGUCCCCAGCAGGUCUCUUUGUUCCCACGUUCCCAGCAUCCUUCCAGCUCCAGGCAGUGCUUCCCCAUCCUCCCCCGUCCAGUGCGGCCACCUGGCCCGGGCGCUGCGAGCAGGGUGGAGAGAAUCCAGGCUGGAGGCCAGUCGGCCUUUUGUCCACAAGCUACAAAGAUUGAAAACCGAGGAUUCCCCAAGCAGCGGCCCUAGACUCACUCCCUCCUCAAAUGGAGGAGGGUUCCCAGAAACUGGGGAAAGGAAAACCAAGCUUCACAGGAGAAAUUUCGUCUUAAUGACACCGUGCAUCAUGCGUUUUUUAAUUAGGAAAAGCUCCCCAAUGAGACGCUUUUGCCAGCUAAUAGGAUUCUCAAUUUCCACAAGGACCUUUUUUGCUGGGAGGAUUAGGGGGAGUUGCUGCUCACCAAGCCCGGCUCUUCCCCCAGUGUCCAGUUUCGUUGGCAAAUAAUGCCGAUUCCGGGGUGCGGUGGCAGCCCUUUGCUGGCAUCGUUCAUGUUGCUCCCAGGGCCUGGCUGGAAAGCACCGAUUCUCCUCUGCCUUAAAAAACUGCCCGACACUGAUCUUCCCUCCAGGACGCCAGUAAGUGGAGACAAAACACAAGCUGCAACGUUUGUUUCUAAAUAUUUUUGUAUCAUGUACAUUCUGUAUAUUUUUGUUGUAACAUAUUAUUUGAGCACAGAUUCCAUUAAAGAUUUCUUUUUUCUUUAA